CCCAAUCUUUGACAUCUAGCCGACUGUUCUUUUUACAGUUUUACUACAACAGCAUUAUUAUUACCUUUUACCAUUACAGCUACAUCAUCAUGCUUUAUAAGUCUGAACACCCUUGAAACCAAGAUAACUGCCGUCCCGUCAUUAUAAGAUCAGCUCCACCUGGAUCUAUGAACAAGGAAGGGCAGGUGUCUAGGUAUUCUAUUUCUAGGUUUUGCAAUUGCAAACGCGUCACAUCGCAUCGCAUCACACACAUCAAUUCGCAUCGAUUGAGCACCACGCUCGUGCUGGCAACAACAACACACAACAACGGCUGAAUUGAUUCCUAGGCGGAAAAUAAAAACGCCUGUCUCAAGCCCCAAAUUCUAAGUCAACAAUCUUCGCCUGGGCUGGAUUGACCCUGGAAUUUCAGGGCCCAGGCUGCCGGCAGCAAAUAAAAUAAAUCAUGGACGCCAACGGCUCAGAUCGCUCAACGUCUGCCACGGGUCUGGGAAAACUGUUGCCGCGAGCGCUGGCAGAGAAAAGGCGACGCAAGAAGCAGCAGCAGCACCUAGGUAGCGACGCCAGUAGUGAAGACCUUGGAAUACGCGGUCGAAGUCCAGCCAGCAGCCGGUAUACCAACGAAAGCGACUUAAACGAGGACACGGGCAAUCAUUCAUUUUCAAUCGCAGAGGAGGAUCGGCAACCGCCUCAUCAGCCAGAUGAUGCCAGUCAAGCCAGUCUAGCGGCGGUGGAGACUGAUGAAGACUCUCUGUCAGCAAGGCCCACCGCCGUGUCGACGCAUCCUUCGCAAAUCGGUUACCUGACGACCUCGUCGCCGCUGGUGCAAGAAGAACAUCUAAAGGGCACUCAAGAACCACCGGAACCCUCCUCGAAUGACAGCCCGUCCCGGUCGUCAACUCUUCCUGUUGUAGACUCUAUCGAGAGGACCGAUUCUCUCGACUCGGCAGCCUCAUCCCUCCGACAUAGCAAGACCGGUCUUGCUAUCCCCCGGAACGCAGGGGCAGGACGAUCACCGUCCCCCGUAGGCCGCUUUCGAAAAGCUCUGCGCUCGAGGUCUUCAAAUAGACAGUUGACAGGCAGCAUUAGCCCUGAACGAACACCUACGGCAGCGACCGCUUCCACUAGCGACGAUUCUCUGGACAGCAAAAAUAUCGACAGGUCUGGCGCCGAAAGUUUACCAAACCCCACUCUCGACUCGCAGGCAGAUACUGCCAAGGAGGCAUCUACCCAGCGCUUCAGGAGAUUGAGCAAAGGGCAGACGAUCGAGACUGGGAAUCCGCCUCGGACACCACCAAACGGUGCCACGUCCGCACCUGUCAUCGUCAACACUCCCCCGACGCCUACCGACCACAGCAAGCCCUACGACCUACCAAGCCAAACACCGACGAAAAGGGCUACAAGUAAUGCAGCUCCCAAGCCAGUCGAGCCUGUUCCUACAAUAGCGCAUCGACGUGGGAGGUCAGGCUCUGGCAGCGCAGGUCCCAGCAAGCUUUCAAACAUCACAGCAGCGCCUCUUACUCCGACUCCCGAGAACGCACAGUCUCCCCUCCCGACCAGCAACUUCUUCUCGUCCAUGAUAUCCGCUGCUCAGAACGUCGCGCAGAACGCAGCUAACACCUGGACCAACACCAUCGCGAACAACAGUAGCACGUCUUCCUUCGGUAACAACGGAGGUAACAGUGGCCAAUCUCGCGAGAAACCCUCGUCUGGAGAUACAAGAGUCGAGGUUGAGUCGUAUUCAGACCCUCAGAGACAACCUAUGGAGUCGCAGGAGCCCGCAGUGAAAACAUUAGGCAGGGGCGAUUUGAGUCUGAGCCAGCUGGGGAUUAACGACCCUCCGAGUAGCGCGACCUCGCCAGUCACUUCCAGGUUUGCGGAUUCGAUGGCCUCAAGGGUGAGGGCCGAGUCGGCCCCUACAGAGGCCAACAAUGGCCAGACAGAUUCGCAGUCCUCGUCGCAGGCCAGAUCAGUUGCCGAACCUGGUAGCGCAGAACGCACGCCGGCCGGGAGCAUAUACGAGGAUUCGACCGGACUUCAGCGCACUGGAAGCGUCCGGAGCUCCCUCAGACGGCACAGGAAGCGUGGCAGUUCUACAAUGUCUGGCCAGAUCGGCGCUCCUAUCACUGCUACUCAUACGGCUCUGACUCAAACCGGAGCCAUAAGCAAUAACAGCACGGCCAAGUUGACCGGGUUCGCCGUCGCUAGUGCCAAGCGAAACCGUGACUUCCACCAGCUCUUCAAGAGCGUACCAGAUGACGAUUUAUUGAUUGAUGAUUUCAGCUGUGCACUGCAAUUACAAAUUCUAGCCCACGGAAGAUUGUAUGUUUCCGAGGGCCAUUUGUGUUUCAACAGUAACAUUUUUGGCUACGUAACGACUUUGGUCAUGAGUUUUGAUGAGAUUUUGUCGGUUGAAAAGCGGAGCACGGCUUUAUUAUUCAAGAACGGAUUGCUUAUUAGCACCAUCAACGCCAAGCACGUCUUUGCCAGCUUUGCCAGUCGUGACUCGACAUACCAACUUAUUAUCAAAGUCUGGGGCAUCCGUCACCCUUCGUUGCAAAGCUCACUAAACGGAGUUCGCUUGGACGAGACCGGAGGUGACAAGACGGAAAAGGUUGACGUGGAAGAGGUGCGCAGUCUAUCAUUGGCCGGUACGCAAAGUGGUUCCGAAUUGGAAGAUUCGGAGGACGAUGAGGAAGAUGUCUACGACGAAGAUGCCGAGGACGAGAUGAAUGAAUCGGUUGUGGCACAACCUAUAGAAAAUGGUGCCACUGAGAAUGGUCUGGACAAGGUCGCGAGUCGAAAGACAUCGGCCGCAUUACCAGCCGCAGAGAAGCCAAAGGAAGCAGCCGGUGGCACCGCACCCGGGACGGGAGCUCAGGAUUUUCCCGGUCCUGCUACACACGGCAAGACGGAAUGCGGUGAUGCUGACACGCACUAUGACAAGCACCUUUCCACUGACGUGAUUCCCGCACCCCUCGGCAAAGUCUACGAUCUCAUGUUCGGGCCAUCAUCUUGUCAAUACAUGUCCAAGUGGCUCACGGACGAGCAAAAGUGUUUUGAUCUGCAGAUGGAGGACAAGAAGGGUCUCACAGCGGAGAACAAGACAAGGACGUACUCGUACACCAAGCCCCUGAACGCUUCAUUAGGGCCCAAGCAGACCAAAUGCAUAGUAACGGAGAAGCUGGAUACGAUCGAUCUUGAAAAGGUCGUUUCAAUAACAUGCUCGACACAAACUCCUGAUGUGCCCAGCGGUAACGUCUUUACCGUCAAGACAAAGUACUGCCUGACCUGGGAUGAGAAGAAUCAGACCAAGAUAAACGUAAACUGCACGAUCGAAUGGACAGGCAAGAGUUGGCUGAAGGGACCAAUCGAGAACGGAGUAGUGACAGGACAGCAGCAGUACUGCAAAGAAAUAUUCGCCAGCCUCAAAUCAUCCGUGUCGUCCCGCCCACGAGCAGGUACCGGCAACGGUGCCGCGCCCAAGGGCAAGAAGAAGGGUCGCAAGGGCAGGGCAGGCCCCACGUCUGGCCCAGCGAGCGACGCCGAGGGAGGCGCCCGUGCCCAGGCUGCCAAGCAAGACUGGGGCCUCUUGGAGCCCGUGCGAGGCAUCGUCAGCCCCGUGCUCGACACCGUCCGCCCGCUAAUCACGGGCAACCUCGUGUACGGUCUGCUGGUGGGCUUGCUCGUCGCCAGCUGGUUCGGGUUUGGGUUCAGCCCGAGCGGCAGAUCGGUGUCGCGGCACCCUUACGGUGCCGACCUCGCCUACCUCAGCUACCCGGACCGCGUGGCCGCCUACGAGGAGAUGUGGCGGCGCGAAGAGAGCGAGCUGUGGCAGUGGCUGGAGGAGAGAGUCGGCAUGGAGCGGCUGAGCGGAGCAUACAGCUCUGCGCCUUCGACGCCGUCGCCACGUAAGAACGUAGCGGACAGUCGUGAGGUCAGGGAGGCCAUCAGGGCCACUGAAGAAAAGUUGAAAAUGUUGAAGCUCUCGCUUGAAAAGGGCAACAACUGAAAGCUUUCUUUUUCUUUCCUUUUCUUCUGUCUCUUUUUCUGUUCAAAUUAGCCAGGCUUACGAAGCCAGUAUAUCAUCGGAGCAUAGCAUAUUGUAUUAUUCUUUCAUUUUUCUUUGUCUUUUUUUUUUACCUGUUUGCGCAACAAAAGAAAAUGUAGCAACAGUGUGUACUGUAACUCAACAGACGGGAAAUCAGUUUCAUUUGUCUAUCUUCAAUUCGCCGUGAGGAUGUCCAUGCUGUUCAUGGUCAACUAGCUCGAGUACGGAGAAAGGGGUUUGGGCCGUAAGCAUGAAUGGUAGCACUUGCCAAGCCCCGGUCCAGCUUCAAUGAUACAGCACAU